ACGAAGGAGGACAGGAUCAGGACCAGGCCUGGCACACUGAAGGAAUGGGGAAAUAUUAAUAUUAACAAGGAAAACCAGCCCCCAAAUUCUUUUUUGAGAUUGGAAGUGGCUGUUGCUCUCCUGACCACCAUGUCUUACGAUCGUGUGACAGUGAACAUGGAAAGGGAAGAAGUUUCCCUGGAGCGCACGGCACCACCCCUGGACCCUCAUCUCAUAAGCACCACCACUGGAGGCGUGGAGGCCUCGUGUCGAGACUGCCUGCUUCCCUUUGGGCUGGUGGUGGGCAUAAUUGGCCUGGCAGCCACCAGUGUGGCUGGUGCCCAUGAUUCUCCUGGUUCUGUGUUGUCUAUCUUGGGAUGGGUCUUGCUGGGAGCUGGGAUUCUGGGGGUGGCCUCCAGUUGCUUGUGGCAGCAGUACAGGAGGAGGAAGAGGUAUGGCAGCUGGACCGUACUGAUGGAGCCAGAGGCAAAGAAAGCAGUUGUGUGAUUGUCUGAGCCCAGUUUUCCUGUGAGCCAGAAGACAUUUCAAUAUGAAGUUUCCCUUCUAGUCGGAAUGCAAGCAAUGCAUCCUGCUUGGAAUAUCCAUCUGAUUCUUCUGACAUAAUCAGACUGCAAGAGGUGACAAAGUUUUGGAAGGGCUUUGGUGUAAUGUCUUUCCUCAUACAGUGUACCAGCACUUGGUAACAGAAGCCUCAAAGUUCUAGGCCUGGACAAAAAUCAAGCUCAGCAUGAAGGAUCCCUUCCUAAUGCUAAACCUUUGCAUCAGAUGAAGUAGACUAUAUUCA